AUGGGGGUUUUUUACGACAUGAUGCUGCAGCUGACGGAUGAGUUUGGGGAUGUGGAGGUGGACGAAGACGGCUUGUGCGUCGACGAGUACAAGCACCAAGAAGACAUGGAGGAGGAGGAGGAGGAGGAGGAGGAGGAGGAGGAGGAGGAGGAGGAGGAGGAGGAGGAGGAGGAGGAGGAGGAGAGAGAGGAGGAUGCGGAUGAGUGA